GUUCAUCAAACAUAUCCAGAUCGUUCGACUUCAUCAUGUCAACUCAUGUUGUAUUGGAUCGGGACUCGGCAAGCUUCCCUCUAACACUCUGGGGCGGCGGCGAUGACUUCCUCGAACAAGACGACCAGGAGGAGCGCCCGCUUGUGUGGGAGAAUGAGUACGACUUUCUCAAGGAAGAGGUCUUCAGGAAGAUGCUGGUAGCUGAUGUUGGUGAUAGCGAGGCUGCAGCGGUUGCCGACAAGCUCCGACUGAUAGAUGCCAUCCAACGAUUAGGUGUUGGGUAUCACUACGAGACUGAGAUCGAAGAAGCACUCGAGAAAGUGCAUGCUCUUGGAGGAGACCUAUUCGUUAUCAAUGAUCAUAGUGAUGGUAAUUGUACAACGACUGAUGAUCUCUACAAUGUUUCUCUUCGGUUUCGACUCCUCAGACAACAAGGUCUUCAUGUUUCCUCAGAUGGGUUUAGAAACUUGAAGGACAGUGAAGGUAAGUUCAAAGAAUGGUUGGCUUCGGAUGGACAAGGGCUUCUGAGCUUGUACGAGGCGGCUCAUGUGGCGGUUCAUGGAGAAGACAUAUUGGAUGAAGCAUUGAGCUUUGCUACCAAGACUCUCAAGACCAUUCUCCCCCAACUCGGCCCUUCCUUUCAAAAACAAGUUAAGUUUGCCCUGGGUCUUCCUUCUUGGAAAUGUGUCCCUAGGUCACUUGCUAGGAACUACAUCGAUUUCUAUUCCGAAGAUGCCUCCCACGAUUAUAAGCUCCUCAGAUUUGCAAAGUUGGACUUCAACAUGCUGCAGAAAUUACAUCAGCAGGAGCUUCGUCGAAUUUCUGAGUGGUGGAAGAGUCUCAAAGUUACGACCAAUUUCCCACAUGCAAGAGACAGACUUGUGGAAUGCUAUUAUUGGAUCUAUGCCGUGUACUUCGAGCCCAAGUAUGAGUUGGCAAGAAUUAUGUGCACGAAGAUCAUUUCAAUGCUUUCACUUUUGGAUGACACUUGUGAUAACUUUGCUACAUACCAAGAAGUUAAGAUGCUCACAAAAGCUAUUGAAAGUUUCCAUGAGAGCGCUCUUGAAGAACUACCUGAAACGAUGAAGAAUUUGUAUCGUAUCAUCAUUGACCUAUACGACGAAAUUGAGGUGGAACUUGCCAAAACCGGACCUACUUUUGCUGUCAACUAUGCAAAGGAAGAGCUCAAGAAAAUAUGUCGAGCUCACUUGGCUGAGAUCCAGUGGCGUACUGUAGAUCAUGUUCCAACAUUGGAGGAGUACAAGAUCGAUGCUUAUGCUACUAGUGGUUUUCCAAUCCUUUGUACAUCUGCUUUCGUCGGGAUGGGAGCAGAAAUAGCCAGUAGAGAGGCCUUCGAAUGGGUGACCAACGAACCCAAGAUGGUUAGAGCUGCAUCUGUCAUUUCUAGGAUCCAAAAUGAUAUUGUCUCUCAUAAGUGGGAGCGAGAGAGAAGUCAUGCAGCUUCAGCAAUAGAAUGCUACAUGAAUGAGCAUGGGGUAUCGGAGGUGGAAGCAGUCAAAUUUUGUUGGGAGGAGAUUUCUAGAACUUGGAAAGACAUUGCAGAAGAGUGCCAGAAACCAACUCCAUUACCAGUAACCUUGACAGAACGUGUUCUUAACUUUGCACGUUCAAUCAGUGUGAUUUAUGAGAAUGGUGAUGGCUACACUCAUUCUCACCUUUUGAAAGAACACAUCGAUUCAUUGUUAGCUGAUCCCGUUCCUCUCUAAAGAACUCGUGUGAAAAGAAAUUUCUCUCUAUAAGAAUGUGGCUAGUUUUUUCGCUUGAUAAUGCUUUCUAUUCUACAUUCAUUGUUUCUAUUUCCCGGUUGUAUUAUAUAUCAGAAUGUGUAAGUGGAUUUUGAUUUAUAGCGAUAAAAUUCUCAUUUGUAUGUGGGAGCAUGACCUUUCUAGUGUACGACCAACUACUAGUACUUGGGACUAUUUAAAUCUAUGAAUAUCAGUCUAGUCGGCUAAUUUACUACGAGUAUUAUUAAUGUUCCAAUUUAUUAAGAAUCACUUGUCUACUUGAGGAUCAUUCAGUUGUGAUGCCCAAUAUCACGUACUUAUCCAAAUCCAAUUAAGUUUUAUACUUUUCUCUUGUAUUUUAUCCAUUUGUUCUGAAAUCACCUUCCAAUACUAUUGAAAUUUUCAACUCUUUGAGUCCAAAACUGUCCAUUGAUAAGUUUUCUUAUCAUUUAUCUUAUUUACCCACACAAUGUGUUAUUCUUAGGAGCUAUUUCAAGAGUUGAAACUAGCACCAACAUCAACAUGUACAAAAUAAGUGAAUUUGAAAUAAAGUUACAUAUUCAAGAUGGGGAAAAGCUUAAGAGUGAAUUUGUAAAAGAUGCUCAUAAAAAUGAGAAAUCAGGAAGGACGAAAGGGGAUGGUUUCUUUGUCAAGCACAUAAUAACUCUUUUAGUAGUUGAACCUGUUGUCGAUCCACAUGAUCUUAGCAAUACUCUAGCUUAUGCAUAUUUUGACAGCUUUGUGCAUUGUUUUGUAUCAUGUGUUGCUAAUAUCACAAAAAAAUAUGAAAUUUCAUUUUAUACACAUGCUUCAGAAAAUGAUACGAGACAAAUAUUCUAACACAUUGGAGUAGCCACAUAUUUACGUUACUCCAAGCUUAUGAUUUAUUUAUUUAUUUCUAAGGGUGAACUUCUUCUGUUAAAUUGGAAAGAUUAUGAAAUUACAAGAAACACUUGGGCUAGGAGUCCCUUGUUAAACUCUACUACCUAACAAUCCUCUACCAAAAGCUCAGUGUCUUGGCCAAGCACGUAAAUAACAAACAGGUUUCUUGGGUAAUUGGUACUCCUGCAGUUGCCAAGCUUAGGGUUAUCCCAAUAGUACCUCAAAUUAUAAAAUUCAUAACGAAUCACAAGCCAUCAUCAAAUUUUUCAUUUUCGAAAUCCAAAAAUUAAAUAAAACCAUUCCUUUUCGAGAUCCAAAGCAACCCCAGCUAGCCCCUUAGUUUUUUUUUUUUUUUUGACAAUGGAACAUCUUCUAUUAUACCAAACCAGGCUAGCAGAAACAAAAGGUUACAAAAAGGGCGAAAUCAAAUUUGCAAUGACAAUCCAAUCCUAUGGUAAGAGAUCAAGUCGGGCAUUCCUAGCGACCCAAUCCGCAAGAGAAUUAAAUCGCCGAGGAACGAAGGACAACUUGAUCCAAGGAGCCCCCUGAAGAAGAGACACAAUCCGGGCCAGGGUCGCACGACAUUGCCAAGACCAAUCGCAGGGGUCUUGAAUAAGAGCCACAAUCAAACGUUGGCAGUCGCUUUUGAUACACGUCGGACAGGACUCUUGGACUGCCAACACCACAUCACCUAGAAUAACAAAUGCUUCUGCCUGAAUCAGGUAGAAACAAUAGAACCUCUCAACCUUACCGUCAAUCACCUGAUCGUGUAGCCCCUUAGUUAAUAGCAGUGCUAUUUACCCCAAACAAAACGAAGUAGACAAAGUUCAUCAAAAGGACAAAAUAAAAGAGAACCGCAAAAAGAAAAGGUGGCAUGCAUGUGGGAAUGGGCAGUACACUCUCCACACCGUUGCCGAGUACUUGGAACUUGGAGCAGAGAAGGGAAUACUUUAUUUUCUUUUAAGCACGACAGACUUCAAUCUUUGUAGCUCAUAAAAAACGAGCCCUAAAUUUCAGUACUUUGUUUGUGGCAACUCUUCAUAAAAUAAUAAUACAGACCUAAAAAUCAU